AUGGCUCCGUCCGCGACCAGCGAUGCGCCCGUUGCCGCAGGGCGCAACUCCCCCAAGCCUCCGCCAGCGCGGGUCUGGAGCGUGAGCGAGCCGCCGUUCGAGGGCUACAGGCCUGUCGACAACGAGGGAUAUUCGCGCAGCAACCACGAAACGGCCAUCAUCAUCGACAACGGGUCGUCAGCAGUUCGCGCAGGAUGGUCUUUCGAUUCCAAGCCGCGUCUUUCAGUGCUUCCGAACAUGGCGCGCUACAGAGACCGCAAGCUCAACCGCACAUUCUCCUUCAUUGGCGCAGACGUCUAUUCGGACGGCACGGCGCGCGGGCAGUCGAAGCCCAUCUACGAGCCGGGCAGCAACAUAAUAAACAACUGGGACGCCAUGGAGGGCGUGCUGGACUACUGCUUCGUCAAGAUGGGUAUCGACGGCAGGUCGGGGAGUAUAGACAGGCCCAUUGUCAUGACUGAGCCUGUCGCAAACUUGGCCUACACAAGAAAGACCAUGUCUGAAAUCCUGUUCGAGUGCUACGGCGCGCCCUCGGUGGCAUACGGCGUGGACUCGCUGUUCUCCUACUCAUACAACGGAGGACGCAGCGGCUUAGUCGUCGACUCAUCAUACACAUCAACCCACUUAAUCCCCGUCGUCGAUGCUAAACCACUCCUCUCGCAAGCCACACGACUCAACUGGGGGCGCUUUCAGUCUGCGCAAUACCUGCUCAAGUUGCUGAGACUCAAAUACCCUUCAUUCCCCGGCAAGAUCAGCGAUACACAAGCAGAAGACCUAGUCAGAGAGCACUGCUAUGUUUCACGAAACUACGAGGACGAGCUUAGCCACUAUCUGGACUGGACAGGGUUAGAAGACAGGAAUCACGUCAUACAAGCCCCAUACACAGAACAGAUUGUAGUUCAGAAGACAGAGGAGGAGCUGGCGGCAGCCGCAGAGAAGCGGAAGGAGAGCGGGCGACGCUUGCAGGCUCAAGCCGCCAAGAUGCGUCUCGACAAGCUGAAGAAGAAAGAGGAGGAAUUCGAAUACUACGUACAACUCCAGGGUCAAUUGCAAGAGAUCACCACGAAGAAGGAGAAAGCACGGGUACUUGAGUCCAAUGACUUUGAUGAUGAGGGCCAGCUUGACAAAAGGGUCAAGGAGCUGGAGAAAUCGAUCAAGAAGACACGGAACAAGGAUCUUGGUGACGAUGCCGAGGAAGAGCAGCAAGAAGAGCCCACCUUUCCUCUCCUCGAAGUUCCGGACGACCAGCUUGAUGAAGAAGGUAUAAAGCAAAAGCGUCAGCAACGCCUGAUGAAGUCCAACUACGAUGCGCGCCUUCGUGCGCGAGUAGAGAAGGAAAAGGAAAAGGCCCGUCAAGCAGAGGAACAACGGCUCGACGACGAGCGAAGAGAGACGGACCCAGAUGGUUGGAUUGGCGAACGCCGAAUCGCCCGUCAGGCCAUUGUUCAGAAAAUCAAGGAUCGUGAGCGCCUCAAGGCCGAGCUGGGGAACCGCAAGUCGCACGCCAACCAGAUGCGUAUGAAGUCAAUCGCAAAUCUAGCUUCCGACGCGCCCUCCAAAAAGCGUCGCCGUGGAGGAGGAGACGACGAUACGUUUGGUGCCGACGACGCAGAUUGGGGUGUUUACCGCACAAUUGCAACAGGCGAAGGCUCCGACGACGAAGAGGAAGAGGAUCUUUCAAAGUCUCUCAAAGACAUCGAAGCCCAGCUACUUCUCCAUGAUCCGAACUUCACCGAAGACUCAACAAGAGAAGCGCAGACGGACUGGACCAAGAGCGUGCUGCAUGCCUUCUUCCACGGCCCCUACCCAUUCGAUCCGGAGUCCCAACGUGAAGCGCACCAGUUACAUCUCAACGUCGAGCGUAUCCGCGUCCCUGAAGUCGUUUUCCAGCCCUCCAUCGCCGGAUUAGACCAGGCAGGUAUUGUCGAAAUUGCGUCCACAAUCCUUACCGAGCGACUCGCGAACAAUGCACGUCGCGAUGACGUCCUGCAAGACAUCUUCCUGACUGGGGGCAACACUCUGUUUCAGGGCUUCGAAGAGAGGCUCAGGGACGAGCUGAGGGCUGUGCUGCCUGCUGAGCAAAGUAUACAGGUCAGGAGGGCGAAGGACUGCGUACUAGACAGCUGGCGAGGCGCGGCUCAGUGGGGAGGCAAGAAAGAGAAUCGACGCAACUUCAUCACAAAAGCGGAGUGGGCGGAGAAGGGUGGCGAGUACAUAAAGGAACAUGACUUGGGCAAUGCUCUUGGGUGA